AAUUGAAAGCACCCCCCUUCAGCAAGGCACAGACCCCAUUGCCUUCCUUUCUAAACCACGUUGCGAGAAUCACUGUUCAACGUUGCGGUUAUCAUGGCUGAUGAUGAGUAUGAAGGACAAGGAGAAUCUGGGGCCUCCAACACCUAUCCACAGCAAUGCUCUGCCCUUCGCAAGAAUGGUUAUGUUGUCAUGAAAAAUCGUCCCUGCAAAAUAGUUGAGAUGUCCACUUCAAAGACUGGGAAACAUGGCCAUGCUAAGGUUCAUUUGGUAGGCCUUGAUAUCUUCACUGGCAAGAAGUAUGAAGACAUCUGUCCUUCAACUCAUAACAUGAAUGUGCCUAAUGUCAAUCGUGAGGACUACCAGGUGAAUGAUAUACAGAGUGAUGGAUAUUUGCAUUUGAUGAAUGAUAAUAAUGGUGUGCGCGAGGACUUGAAAUUACCAGAGAACGAUGUGGGGAAAGAAAUAAGAUCCAAACAUGAAAAUGGUGAAAUUGUGUCCGUAACUGUUCUAAGUGCCAUGGGAGAAGAAAUGGUUAUUGGUAGCAAGGUAGUCCCGCUGACCAAGUAAACAACUCUACACCCUUUUGCAAUCCAGGCUAUGGACAUUGAAAGAAAAAAUAAGAUUUAAAAAAAACCAACAAUAAAACAGACCAUUCUAAGAGAGCAAUUGCACAAUUUUUUUUUUACUGGAUGCCUUCUUUCCCUAGCCUUACCACAAGCACUUGGCUUCUCAAUGAUAAUAGGUUUAGUGAGCAGUUUCCUUUCUGAAAAUGUAACUAAUCUCAGUUAUUGCAGUACAAUUAACUCUUCCAUUGUUUCGGGUAGAACAAAACAAAAGACUAUUAAAAGGAAAGCUUAAAGCUACCAUAGUAGCCAAUGGUGUACUGCUUUUGCAGGUCCAAGGUUUCGUUUCUUUGAUAUUGUUGUCAUUUCAGUCCAAGUGAAGGUGAAAUGAGUAGUAUUUUUUCAAGACUGCAGAAUUCUUGCUUUAAUAUUGCCAUGGUUUAAUUGAAUUAGCAGAAGGUUUUCUGGAGUAACAAGGAAACAGAUUCUUGCAAUAAACUUCUGGUUUGCAUAA